GUGGCCUUUCAAUCAACGAAUAACAGUUCGCCUUGGCCGGACUAUGGACUUUGGGCUUUCUACCUGAAGAAGUAUAGGUGAGAACCACCUCCUGUUUGUUUCACAUCGCGCGUUGGGAGUUGGCUCGUUCACAACCGCCAUCCCCUACGCGCUCCUCUUCCCCUACCCACUGACUCGACAUGCAUUGAACCUACCAGUUAACCAACGCUUUCAGUGAAGCCUCCCCAGACCAAGUCCCCAGCGUUUCUGCGCAUAUUUUAGGCCAGAAGCAGUAGUCUGUGGAGGUCCGACGCCAUGCCGUCUUUCGAAGAAAUUAUUCAGCAGGUCAACUCGAGAAGACUGUGGCGAGGCGCGGCAUUGUUGGCCCUCGCCGCUUUCUCGUCGCCUGUGUUUGUGCUGACCCUGGCUCCGGUGUACGGCUCUGCUCCGUCGCAUAUCUUCCACGGCUAUGGAGUUGCCAUUACUGCGGCGCUGGGGUGGUUUCUCAAGGAUGUUAUUCAGCAGUUAACGAACCGCCGGGCUGUGUAUCUACUCCCUGUCGUCGCAUUCUGGUACCCCACCAUCCAGUACUUUUUGUUCCAGCAGAGCUCCUCGUUUGGGAACCCUACCGGCGCCGUGAUCACUGAGGUGGUUGCCUUCUAUCCUUUUGUUUUGCUCUCCGUUGCCUGUGCCGCCAAGUUGGUGCAAGCUGGCCUUAACCUUGAACGCUAUGGUGAUCUUGCUAAAGAGCAUAUCCCCCUCAUUGGCUCGUAUGUCAUUUAUUCUUUCUCGGAGAAGCUUGCGAAAUCAUUCAUUGCGAGGUUUAUCGGUUCAUUCUGGCUUUUCUCAAGCACGGGCCUUCAGCUAUUGGUGGCAAUCUUGUGUUCUGCCGUCGUUCCAUCUAAGUGGCUCCUCUUGGCCAUUCCCUCUAUCCUCUUCACACUCACCUCCAAUGUGCACCUGCCUUUGGGAAUGACAACAUCGGGGCUCAGGUCCGCGCUUAAUGAGGAGGGAUUUGCACUCGUGGAUCGGCAGGAGUCCUCAACCGGGUAUAUAUCGGUUUUGGAUAGCCUGGAGGAUGGCUUCCGGGUGAUGCGAUGUGACCAUAGCCUUCUCGGGGGCCAGUGGACCAAGACCUAUCGCAACUACAAACCCAAGGUUCAGGACCCGAUUUAUGCAGUCUUCUCUUUGCUCGAGGCCGUCCGGCUGGCGGAAACGGACCACGGAGCUCACCGAGUAGACGCAGACAGCAAGGCACUUGUCAUUGGACUUGGAGUCGGCACUACACCUGCUGCACUCAUCACUCAUGGAAUCGAAACCACCAUUGUCGAGAUUGACCCUGUCGUCCACAAGUUCGCCAGCAAAUACUUCCACCUCCCGUCUAACCACAUUGCAGCCAUCGAAGACGCCACGCUGUUCGUUGACCGCGCUUUGAAAUCUCCCAACCCCACCCAAUAUGACUACAUUGUCCACGAUGUGUUCACUGGCGGCGCGGAACCAAUCGAGCUCUUCUCCAUUGAGUUCCUCGAGGGUCUUAACUCUCUCCUUAAGCAAGACGGUAUUAUCGCAAUGAACUACGCUGGUGACCUCUCUCUUUACCCGGCCGCUCUCACCGUCCGUACCAUCCAAGCAGUGUUCCCGUCUUGUCGGUUCUUCCGUGAAGAUUCAGGCGAAGAGGGCAAUGCAGAUUUCACGAACAUGGUCGUUUUCUGUAAGAAGGAUUCUGCUACUCCUCUGCGUUUCAGGGAUGCUGUCCCUGCCGACUUCCUAGACAGCAAGUUCCGUGAAACAUACCUCGUGCCCAAGCAUGAGAUUGAUCCGGCUAUCUUCACCACCGUUACCGGUGGACAGCCUGUCCUGAGGGCCAAGGACACCGGUAGGCUAUAUAGGUGGCAGGACCAGGGUGCUCUGGAGCACUGGGGUAUCAUGAGGAAGGUUCUGCCAGAUGCUGUGUGGGAGAAUUGGUAGGGGUUGUUCAUUGUAUCAUAUAUAGCUUUACUGUAUAGUAUCAACUGCCCGGCGUGGGCUCGUUCUGCCUUCUCAUGGCUUUUUGAAUAGGAUAAUUGAAAUGCUAUUUGUUUUGUUUGACGGUUAGAUUAUCGAGACUCAGAUCGCACAACGUGGGUAGAUGUAUGCACGCCGAUCCAUGUGCCCACUCCUUGGUAGUAGAGCAGGCAGGGGCCGAGUUCUAGCGAGGAACAACGAGCGAGAAAAAAAAAAAAUCAUCGGGAAGUAUAAACAAAAUGCAAAAAGAGAUGGAGAUGCGGGGAAUUGAACCCCGGACCUUUCACAUGCUAAGCGAAC